AUGUCCCAUUCCGUUUUCAAACAUGGCGAUCCCGUCGAGGUGAUCAAGAACAACUGCUACUACCCUGCCUCCGUCAUUCGCCCCCCUUCCAAGAACAAGAACCUCGUCUUCCUCGAAUACCGAACUCUCUUCCUCCCCUCCCACCCCAAACGCCUCCGCCAAUAUGUCAACGUCGCUAACGUCAGGCCCGACCUUCCCCUCCACCUCAACCCCUCCUUCAAGCUCGGCGACGCCGUCGACACCUUCUGCCAACACCACGGCGCCUGGUGCCCCGCCACCGUCGUCGAUGUUCUCCAAAACUCCACCUACCUCGUCGCCUUUCCAUCCCCCGAUCAUGCCGACUCGGCCGUCGUCCACCGUUCCGCCCUCCGCCUCCACCGCAGUUGGCUCCGCGGUAACUGGGUCCCACCUCUCCCAGGACAGGUUCGCGUUGCCAUUCAACCCUUUUUCUAA